AUGGAUUGCGACACUGAUGAAGGUCACAAUCAGGCAGAGAAGCCCUUGACUUCUGCCACCUCACCAACCGAACACUCCUCCCCUCUUACGACAGCAUCGCAAACGCCCGAAGACAGUCCAGAACAACAUGCAGGCAAGACCACCGUCACGAAAACCCCACCCGAAUGUCUUCGCAUUAUGCUACCUCACCUUCCCCGUCGACAGGGACGGGCAUGGCUUUUCAGAUUUGAUGAAGGCGUGUUGAUGAAGCAGAGCCGCGAAACUCGGAGUAGCGAGAGUGCUGCAAUGCAGUACGUCCGAGAACAUGCACCAAGCGUGCCAGUGCCAGAGGUGUAUCACUCCAACUUCAAGUGCGCGGGUUUAGGGCGAAUCUUCAUGGAAGAGAUUCCUGGCGACACCCUCGAAAAAGUGUGGCCCAGCCUCGCCCCCAGUCAGAAGGAACAAGCCUGCCAAGACAUAUGGGACAUCAUCAUGGCCCUGCGACAGAUUCCAAGGCCCGAGAACAUACCACCUGAGAAAUGUUUUUACACCACCGUCGAUGGUUCGCCCAUGUACCCACAGGGUAGAUUAACUGGCAACUCGACGUUGCCACUGGACGAGAAUUUGCACAAGACUGAUGAUGCCCUGCGAAAUUUCAUAGUACAGCGGUACCGUGAGAACCAUGGUCCAGACGAAGAAGUCAAGCGCAACUUUCCCCGCUCCGAGACUGCUGUCUUCACCCACGGCGACAUCCAUCCCAGGAAUAUCAUGGCCUCCGAGCACGGUCGUAUCACCAGCCUGCUCGACUUCGAGUAUGCUGGAUUCAUGCCUGAAUACUGGGAGGACAUGGGAAUGUUCCUGGAAGUGUGGGAGGAGGAUCGAGACUGGGCAGAUACAAUGAUUCGGACGAAGCCGAGCGAUUGGGACUUUGAUGCUACGCGUGCUCUAUGCAGAAAGGCCAAGAGGGUCCUUCACUGGUGA